UGCGAGUACAAAGCUUUUGCGUGUAAAAUGUAGUCGGUGAACCAAAAUUUGGCACUAAAAAUUGGCGGAAUAUUUGAAAUGUUAAAAAAGGGGCUCACCGGCCAAUUGUCUUAAUAAAACGCGUGCCGGUUAGCCAAAUGUUGGUACAAAAAAAGACGCGUAAUUCAAUAUGCCCCUAUAUUCUGGGUCGUUGAUUCCAUCAACGUUAAGGUUUCGAAAGGCACGCGCUUUUUUCAGACCCCCCCUCGCCGAAAAAAAACUGGUUCUUGUAUACGUUACGGAACAUAUGGAUUGCAAAGGUCUGGCGGAGAAUUGGUUGACAUUUCGGAGAUUUUUGCGACCGACUUCGGAUAAAAUCGUGGUUCACAGCUGGCAACACUGAGAAUCGUGCUUUGUGCGAUCUGCCGGGUACUUUAGAAAUAAUUGCAGUUCAUGGUAUUGGUAUUUAAGUGUAAUUUCGUAUAGUAUUUAGUUAUAAAACAUGCCAACGACUCGCAAAAAAGUAACAAAAGCAAAAAGUUACAAAGAUGAAAACGAUAGCGAGCCCGAGGAGUCCGGAGAUUUUAGCGACUCGGGUUCCGACGCCAAAAUAACUGACGUCUCCAGCUCCGAAGACGAGGAGCAAGCCGUGUCCUCAGGAGAAGAAUUUGAAGACGAAGAUCCAAAAAGCAGUAAACCCAAAAAAGCAGCCCCGAGAAGAAGACCGCAAUUUGCGAAAAACUUCAUUAAAAAGAUUCGCGAUGAACCUCCGGAUGAUUUGGGUGAAAAUUCUGCUGCCACAAAAGCAUUCUCGGGGAAGGAUUUAACCGAUGCUGAUAAACUGUUGCCUUCUUUUCUCAACCUAUCAGAAAGUGACAGUAGUGAUGAUGAAUCUCCCAGAAAACCGGCGAGUAUACCUACCAACACCACCUUCUCAUCCGCCAAUGAUGCAGACAGCGACCAUGAAACUAAAAUGGAGUAUCAAGAUGUAUGGUCUAAAAAUAUACCCGACAACAGUGAGGAGAUUGCCCAAAAGACUUUCAAGGAAUUGGAAAUCCACAAAACCAAAAUCGAAGAGACAAAAGCCUCAAUCCUCACUUACACGGCCAAAAAUUCGUCCCAGGCCUUUGAUGUCAAAGAUCUGUUAGCUCAGGGAGAGGAAGUGUUGCCAGAUCCCACUGAAGUUAAGAAACCUAAGAAAAAGAAGAAACAAAAUGACAGUGAUUCUGAAAUGGAGGAUUGGGAGGAGGUGAAAGAGUCAAAACCACUUCCAGCUUCCGGAUUGCAGGUGGUAGUUGACUUCCCCGAUGCUGUCCACAGGAAAUCUAAAAAGCUAGAUGUUGAGAUGAUGAUGAGGAGGAAAAUGAACAGGGUUAGAAAAGAGUACCAAGUGUACAUGCAUAAGGUCCACGUCUUGUGCUGGCUGGGCCACGGAAACGAUGUAAGCUCCAUUUUAAAUGACCAGGAAAUAAUGAGUGCAGUAUUAACGCUAGUCCCAUCGAAAGAAUGCUACCCGGGUGAAAGAGUUGAUGUAAAAUAUGUUGAACAGAUCACUAAAUGGUUUAAGAAUAAAAUGACUUUAGUACAAGAUAAGCACGAGAACAAAUUCAAGCCUAAAUCGCCCCCUCUUAAGGAUAUCUUGUUGAAAGAGAUCAAGAACAAAACAGUUUCAACUAAGAAGUUUAUGUUUUUCAUUUUUGUUAGCAUGUUAAGGGCUCUCGGUCUACAGUGUCGAGUCAUGUUCAAUUUUGUAACAUUGCCAAUUAGGCCGCCUAGUUCCGAACUCUGUUCUCUAUCUACCAAGGAAAAAGAAGAAAAGCAAAAUGCGGAACCUAAAAAAGAAGAUACAAAAAAAUCUGCUCAGAAAAAAUCAUGCAAAUCGAAGAAAAAAUCAAAACAGAUACCACAAGUUGAUGGAAACUAUGAUAGUGACAUGGAUGUGGAUGAUAUAUAUUUUAGUGAUACAAACAUAAUGCAAGUUGAUGGCAAUGAUGAUGGUAAUAUUGUAGCUAAAAGUCGUAAAACUAAACGAAGUAAAGCAUCUAUAGCUAUAGAACCCACAGAAAAAGAUGAGGAUGUUUCACCACCUAAAAGGGCAAGACGUGCUGCCAAUCCCUUAAAUUCUGAACCUUCGAAAAGUGUAUCCCAAGAUAAAAUUCUACCAAAGAAGAGAAACAGAAAAGCCAGUGAAGAGAAAUCUAAAGCUCAAGAAACAAAACCGGUCAAAGUAGAUAAAAAUAAAGCUUCACCAGCUUCUAAGACACUUUCUUUAAAUAGACGUGGCAAAACUAUUAAAGAAACUGAACCAAAAGAAAGCAAAAAUGAUAUUUCAACUACUUUACAAGAAAAUUCAAGUAAAAAGGAUACAACUGCAAAACAGACUGAUCCUCCAAAAAUUAUUGUAACUAACGAAAAUAACAAGGCAGUUAGUACUAAAUUCUUUGAAAGUAAUAGCAGUGCUGAAUCUAUAGCUAUAGAACCCACAGAAAAAGAUGAGGAUGUUUCACCACCUAAAAGGGCAAGACGUGCUGCCAAUCCCUUAAAUUCUGAACCUUCGAAAAGUGUAUCCCAAGAUAAAAUUCUACCAAAGAAGAGAAACAGAAAAGCCAGUGAAGAGAAAUCUAAAGCUCAAGAAACAAAACCGGUCAAAGUAGAUAAAAAUAAAGCUUCACCAGCUUCUAAGACACUUUCUUUAAAUAGACGUGGCAAAACUAUUAAAGAAACUGAACCAAAAGAAAGCAAAAAUGAUAUUUCAACUACUUUACAAGAAAAUUCAAGUAAAAAGGAUACAACUGCAAAACAGACUGAUCCUCCAAAAAUUAUUGUAACUAACGAAAAUAACAAGGCAGUUAGUACUAAAUUCUUUGAAAGUAAUAGCAGUGCUGAAUCUAUAGCUAUAGAACCCACAGAAAAAGAUGAGGAUGUUUCACCACCUAAAAGGGCAAGAAGUGCUGCCAAUCCCUUAAAUUCUGAACCUUCGAAAAGUGUAUCCCAAGAUAAAAUUCUACCAAAGAAGAGAAACAGAAAAGCCAGUGAAGAGAAAUCUAAAGCUCGAGAAACAAAACCGGUCAAAGUAGAUAAAAAUAAAGCUUCACCAGCUUCUAAGACACUUUCUUUAAAUAGACGUGGCAAAACUAUUAAAGAAACUGAUCCUCCAAAAAUUAUUGUAACUAACGAAAAUAACAAGGCAGUUAGUACUAAAUUCUUUGAAAGUAAUAGCAGUGCUGAAUCUAGCAAAUCUGCUACACGGAGCCGAUCUAAAACUGCAGACGUAAAAAACGUACUAAAUGCUAAAGAUUCUGUAAAUAAAAAUACUAAGUCUAGGUCAAAGAGUGCUGGCACUUCGGAAACUAGUAAAUAUUUCAACGACAGUGCAAAGACACCAACUAAAAUAGUUCCUAAAAGAACUAAGAAGACAGUUAGAGAUCCUGAUGAUGAACUUAGAGUGAGUCACCGAGAUCUUGCGCCGAAAAUAAAGACAUCUCCUAAGAAUGAUGUGGCUUCUACACUGAUUGCAAUCAUGAAAGACAUUCUGUCUUCCAUUCUGGAAAAGUCGAUGAAUAAUGUGAAAGCGAUAAAGAAGAAAACGAAAACUGUAAAAGGAAAAUCAAAGACCAAAGGCGACAGUGAUUACGAACCUGAAGCAGCGAGUGACGACGAUUUCAAACCGACCAAAAUCAGUCCGAAGCCAAGUGGCAGUCGGAAGAUCGACCGGCGCGUGUUGUCCACUGAUGAUGAGGCGCCUAGAGACAAGACGGACGUCUGGUGCGAAGUGUUUGUCGAGGAGUUGGAGCAGUGGAUAGCUGUCGAUGUGGUGAAGGGGCAGGUUCACUGCACUAAUGAGAUUUAUAGCCGAGCGACCCACCCCGUCUGCUACGUAGUGGGUUGGGACAACAACAACUACCUCAAAGACCUGACGCGUCGCUACGUGCCUCACUGGAACACCGUCACCCGCAAGCAACGAGCCGAACCCGUCUGGUGGGACACGGUUAUAUCGCCUUGGAAAGGACCAAGAACGCCACGGGACAGAGAAGAGGAUGAGGCUCUGGAUAGAAUGCAGCUAGAUGCCCCCUUGCCUAAGAGCAUAGCUGAAUACAAGAACCACCCUCUCUACGCGUUGAAGCGUCACCUAUUGAAAUACGAGGCGCUGUACCCGCCCGACGCGGCGACGCUCGGGUUCGUACGCGGCGAGGCGGUGUACGCUCGCGACUGCGUCUACAUCUGCCGCUCCAGAGACACCUGGCUCAAGGAGGCGAAGGUAGUGCGGCUGGGGGAAAAACCGUACAAGGUCGUCAAAGCGAGACCCAAGUGGGAUAAGCUAUCCAACAAGCUAAUAACCGAUAAACCGCUGGAAAUAUUCGGUCCAUGGCAAGUCCAAGACUACGAGCCGCCGGUCGCCGAGAACGGAGUCGUGCCUCGCAACGCGUAUGGCAAUGUCGAGCUGUUCAAGGCCUGCAUGUUGCCUAAAGGCACCGUACAUAUCAAGUUGCCAGGCCUAAACAAAGUGGCCAAGAAGUUGAACAUAGACUGCGCGCCAGCUAUGACAGGCUUCAACGGCGGCUGGUCAUACCCCGUGUACGACGGGUUCGUCGUCUGCCAAGAGUUUGAGGAGGUCAUCACGCAAGCCUGGCUCGAGGACCAAGUAGAAAUGGAAAGGCGCGAGAAAGAAAAAACCGAAGCAAGAGUGUAAGGCAACUGGAAGCGGCUGAUCAAGGGUCUCAUGAUCAAGGAGAGGCUCAAACUGAAGUACGGGUUCGAGGAACCUAGCACCUCGGACAAAGCCAAGGGCUCUAAAGGAUCUAGGUUUGUGACGAAGAAGAAAAAGUGAGGUGAAAAUGUAAGAAAAGAGACGUGAGAUUACUGCAGAUGGUGUCACUUUACACACAGUCAACACCAAUAGUAGCGGAUAAUAACGCGCCAAAUGUAUAUGAUAUCUUAUAUUUGGCGGCCAGAAAGGUACGACAAAUGUCGUUCGACAGAAAUUGCCAGCUUUCGUGAAACAUAUCUUAAAUCCUGUUGAAUUAUGGUUUUAUACAAAAAAACGUGCGUAUGUGGUCGAGAGCUCUAAUAGGGCUACAUUUAAAUUGUUUUUACCUCUGUGAUGAAAAACAUGCGCGUCCACAUAUGGAAUGUGCACGAGAAAACGUCCCACUUUGUCGAUUGCUACAAAGCCGCUUUUUCAGUAUAAAGAUACAAGUAAAUCUCGCCUUAAUGGUAACUGACAAAGUGGGACGUUUUACUAAACACACUCACAUUAAUUAUUAUGUAGAGCGAGGCACGUCAUGAGGCAAGGUUCUCGCGUGUCAAUUUCCAAAGGCGCAUUUCCAUUUCAUUUAAUUUCAUUUCAAGUCUCGGCCCCCUUCUGAGGCACGUCUACGUUAAACAUUUAGAAUAGAAUAGAAUAAACAUUUAUUCAUGAACACAGGCAAGACAAAAUACACAUAAUAACAACAAGACAGAAAAUAAUGAAGUGCCACGAAAUGGCCUCAUCUCAGCGUGUUGCUGGUGACUUCCAGCGCAUUUGCAUCACGAAUACAUUGCCUCGCACUGUGUGGAUCCGCCUAAUGAUAUGAACCGUCUCCCACUCCCACCAGUGAUAUAGUAAAAUGCGCAAUAUGAAUUAUGAAGCAUUGCCAGUGAACUAUUACCGCCUAUACACUUUAAUUAUGUAAUAACUUUUGAGGUUGUUAAACUUACUUUAAUAAUUAGAAUUAAGUCACCCUUUUGUUUUUGUUAUUUGUUUUAAUUAUUUCUACGGGUAUUGAUUGAAAAGUAUAGUAAGUGUAAUGCUUUAAUUUUUGCGGAUUUUUGUUGAGAUUCGUCAGUUAUCAUGUAAAUGUUGAAAUGCUCGUUUUAAUUAUGUUAUGCAUGAAUUUUUUUUAAAUUGAGUAAUGUAAUUAAAAUUAUUUCUUUUAAUUAAAAGUUAUAAUUUUA